CUGGCAUUGUCGAUGCGUCUAUCUGAAAACUGAAAAUCGAAGUUUCUCCGUCGCCGUUCUCGGUGUUCCGAUCGUCCAUCGCCUUGUAUGGGAAUGAAGAAGGAAAAAAAAGUUUUACACUCGAGCAGCUUUUCGAGAAGCAAAUGCUUCAACAGGUGUUUGGCAGGACCCCGUACCCGGGCUGCAGGGCAUGGCGCGCAACCUUCGGACUUUUAAAGGCACAGCGACACUUGACACUGCUCCGUACUCCCGACGCCAACGAGCUGCAAGCGCGGUAGGGCUGUGCUGUGCUGUGCUUUGACCGUCCUCUGUGCAAAGCAAAAUCAGUGCCAUGCUCUUGUUUUCAGCUAAACUAGGAUAUGAAAAAGCAGUAGGAUGGGGCCCUAGAUCUUUUAAAAGAGCUCAAAGGAUACAAUAUGACAUUAAAGCUGUUACAGAGUACUCGGAUCGGCAUGUCUGUGAAUGCAGUCCGAAAGCACUGCACAGAUGAAGAAGUCAUCACCUUGGCCAAAAUGCUCAUCAAGAACUGGAAGAGGCUCAUAGAGUUAACACAUCCACCAAAGGAGGAACGAGAAAAAGACAAAGAGGAAGAAGAAAAGAGGAAUGAAUCGCACGCUCCUCACAAGCUGCCACCUCAUUCUUCGGAUAAAGAGACAAGGCGAGAGUCUUCUCAGAUUAAAUUGGACUCGGAUUCCCCCAAGAAGCAUGCAGGCCAUCAUGAGAGUAAAAGAAAACCGUCACAUGAUUCCAAGUCCUCCUCAAAGUGUCCUCAGACAGAUACCAAAAAGCAAAGAAAAGACGUGGAUUCCAAAUCAUUGUCUUCAAAACUCCCCAGUACCAAAAAGGAAAGAAAGGAAUCUUCUGAUAGCAAAUCCAGUUCCAGCUCCAGGAGGCUGUCUUUGGACACCAAGGCAGAAAAGAUGGACUCCCCUGAACCAAAGACCAGCAGUAGCCCUAUUUUGCCCAAAAAGCUGUUUGUUGAUUGCAAAGCAGAAAGGAGAGAUUCCCAGAGCUCUCAAUCAGAAGCCCAAUCUCCUCAGCCAAGGAAGCUGUCUACAGAGAGCAAAGAACGAACAAGCAAUGAAAAGAGCAAACCAGAGACCCCAAAGUCACCCACAACACCUACCAGCCCUGGUUCACCACCAUUCAGCCCUCUUGGAGGAGCCAUCUCACCUCACUUGCUCACUGGAAACAGUAUCCGUGACAAAUGCAUCGAGAUGUUGGCUGCCGCUCUGAAAACUGAAGAUACCUACAAGGAAUAUGGAAGCAAUUGUGAUUCUAUGGCAUCUGAAAUUGAAGAUUAUAUCUACCAGGAAAUUAAAGCAAUUGACAUGAAGUAUAAGAAUCGAGUCAGAAGUCGGAUCAGCAAUUUGAAGGACGCCAAGAACCCAAAUUUACGUAGGAAUGUGCUUAGUGGAGCCAUUGAGCUCAGCAAGUUUGCCAACAUGACAGCUGAGGAAAUGGCCAGUGAUGAGAUGAAGAAUCUCCGUAACAUGCUGACCCAAGAAGCAAUUCGAGAGCAUCAGAUGGCCAAAACGGGUGGAACGGCCACUGACCUUUUCCAGUGUGCCAAAUGCAAGAAGAAAAACUGUACAUAUAAUCAGGUGCAGACCCGCAGUGCUGAUGAGCCAAUGACCACCUUUGUACUCUGCAACGAGUGUGGGAACCGCUGGAAGUUUUGCUAAGAAGAAACUGAAGGCUGGAUCCCAGUGAAUCAUUUCAGAACAAAAUACUUCCAGUAUCACUUUUAUAUAAAAAGAAUUGAAAGAAAAAAGAAGUUUUAAUUUAUACUUGUUAUUUUGUUUCCUUUUUCUAAAACAAAGGAGAGCUUUCGUAACACUGCCACUUUCAGUUCAAUGUUUUCAAUAUAAUGAAAAAGAAAAAAAAUUUUUAGCCAGCAUUUUUAUAGUUUAAAUUUCAUAUUCAAAUUGUAUCUGACAGUAAUGGUUUGAUAAAUUUAGAUUUUAAAUCUUAAUAAAGUUGAAAAGAUAAAAGUAAUGGAGGAAGAAAGUAAAGUGUACAGUAGAGUUCUCUCAGAACAGGUUGAUCUUUUUGUGCCGAGCCUCCUUUGGCCCCAUAGUGCCCCCUGCACAUGUUGUUCAGGACCCUAACAGCAGCCCUGCUUGUGUGUUCAAGGUAAUUGUCAAAAUGAAUGAUGUACGAUUUAAUUUUUAAUUUUUGUGUUAAUAGCAACAGUACUUUUUCACAUUUUGGUAUUUUUAUUUUCUUAGCUUUAACAUCUGAUGACUAUUUUAGACAUUCUACCCAAAAAUGGAAAUUGUGUAUGUGUACUUAGAGAUUUCUGGAAUACAGGGGCUUAUGUGUGCAUUUUGAGUACUAAAGUGUGAAGAGAACAGGUGGGAUUUGCAUGUAAAUACUGAAAUAGUCCAUGGACAAUGAAUGAAUAAUUAAACAGAAAGUCUUACAAACCAAUGCAGUUUAAAUACAAAUAUUCAAGAAAGAAAAGGAUGAAUCUCUUCUUUUUAAUACUUAAUGCUCACAAUAAACACUUAAAUGAGAUUUGCGUCUGGAAAUACCGUCUAUAGUCAUCAUAUUGGUAAGAAUGCAAGGCGGCUGUACACGUUAGCUCUGGUGCUCAUGUCAGAUGAUGCUUGGGUUGGAAUCCCAGAAUCUCAGUUCUCUCCUUGUCAUCCAGGCUCCACCCACAGGCCCAUGAUGUGCAGGUUAAUCCUAUAUUGCCCCAAAUUAGUGUGUUUACCCUAUUAAUGGGCUGGCACACUGUGCUCAGUUGGUUUCUGACUUGUGUCAGAUGCUUCUAGGACACAAUUCUGUACUCCAAGACCAUAAUUUGAAAAAGUGGGGUUAGAAAAAUCAUAAUGUGAAGAAACUUGAACAUUUUUUUAUGAGAAGUAACUAAAAAUGUAUAGCAAUGUAGUUCUUAGUGUGUAUCAAGUAAACUUUCAUUUUCCAAAGUUCGAUUGGUAACUCGCACGGUGUCUGUGUGGACUUUACACAUUCUGCCUGUGUCCAUUAGAGUGUUCUACCUGCAACAUCCCAAGGACAGGAUUAGGUUAUCUGGUGUCGGGGGCAGGUCUCCAUCAGGACUUUCUGGGUGAAUGCCCAGGGCUUAGUCUCCAUGCACUAAGUGCAAGAGUGGCAAACUACCAGGUGUCCACAUGCUACUUUGUUAAAAGUAUGAUCAGCUCUCUGUUAAGGAGCUAUGUUACUUAGACGCCUGAGGGGAUCUUGUGCUGCAUUCGACUAAAACUCUGAGCUCGGAAUUUCUGAUCUCUGACUUGAAAGAUGGAGAGAAAAUGUGCCCCAAACUUGGAAGUCCUAUCUGCAAGAUCGGGCCUGGUCUCUCAAGUUGGCCUGAAUUCAGAUUAUAACGUCAGUCUAAAAUGGCGACAUACACCUUGAUCAGCAAGUAUAGUAAAAAGAUUAAUUUGUUUAUUAGAAGAAUUUUCUUUAAAUGAUUCACCUCAAUUUAUAAUACUGAAUAUUGAGAGGGUAAGCCUUAACUUUACCAGAACGAGAAAUAACAAACAAUCCGAUGUUAGCUUGAUACACACUCGCUACUGUUCAUACAUUGCAUUCAAUGGUUGCUUUGUGCUGUUUUUUAACUGUAGCUUCUAAGCAGAAAUAGUGCAAUUCAUCAUGGCCAAGACAAUAAAAAUCUUUUUUUUUAGACAUGACAACA